AUGACGACCACCUCAUCUCCACUAGCUGAUUCCAUCCGAUCCGCUGCGUCAAAAGUCUUCGACAUUCUGGAGCUCUUCGAGAUGAUUCUGGUCUGGACGGCAGAAAUCACCAUCCGCGAGGAUCAAGAAAAUAUCAGGAUCCUUGGAAAAUUUUAUCGUCCACGAUUUUGGAGCAGCUCCGUAGGUAAUGGCUACGCAGGUGAACCUGUACGGCAGCUAUUCGUGCUCCAACGGACGAGCAAGACGUUCCAAGCCAGCAUCCGUGGAUCAAUACCCAUUCGACGACGCAUGUUCCUUGAGUACUACCCGAGAAACGCUCCGGAUAUGCAGGUUCUCGGCGAAGGGACAAGAGAAGUGGAACACAUGACUCCUUUGGUCUGGUUCGCAGAGCGAGUGGCAUUCAAAGGUACAGAUCUGGUGUAUGACCUGGUCCACAAGCCUUCUUGGAAAUCCUGGCAAGAGAGCUCGACGCCUGGCUUUCAUUUGACGCCGCAGUGGUAUAAACUCCGCCAUUUGAGACCUGGUGCAGCAUGGAUGCACCCCAAAGCUUCGUGGCGAGAGAUGAAAAUGUGCUGCGUUCGUCAGCGGCGCGUUUGGGGAUUCACGUGCGAGCUGGACGACUACGUUGGUUUCGAGAUGACCUUCACCCGCAAAGACCACCGUCGGAAGGACUGGCUUACUCUGGGAGAGCUUCAAGACUGGUUGACGUCCAUGGUGUCACAUCUUGAACCGCGCGAGCGAGCAGAUUCGACAAUAGAAUUGGAGGAUGAUAGUGAUUGA